AAUGGAAAAUCGAAAACUUAUGUCAAUGAAAACGAAUUAGAUUUUUGGCAGGUUUGUGGUGAAGGAUUUUCGGUCGAAUUGUAUUCGUUUGGGAUACUUUCCUCUAUUUUGUGUUUUAUAAAUGAUUACAAUCGGUGAUUAUUCAAUAUUAUUUCCAAGUUCAUCAAUAAAGUAAUCAUUAUCGUGUCCUAGAAUAUGUUGAAAAACAAGUGUGACGUCACAAACUCUAUCAGCUGAGGUGUCGAAGGAAGGGUUUUAUAGGAUUGAAGAGCAAAACAAACAAGAUGGGUGGUGCGGUGAGCUCCGGGCGCGACAACAAUGAGCUGAUCGACAACUUGAUGGGCGGCAACUACAUCCGCACGCGGAGCGUGGAGCGGGUGUUCCGCGCGCUGGACCGCGCCGACUACAUGACGCCCGAGAACCGCGACCAGGCCUACAAGGACCUGGCCUGGCGCAACGGGCCCUUACACAUGUCAGCCCCGUGUAUUUAUAGUGAAGUGAUGGAAGGACUGGAGUUGCGGCCUGGCCUGUCCUUCCUCAACGUUGGUUCAGGGACAGGCUACCUCAGCACGCUAGUGGGCCUCAUCCUCGGCUCGGGAGGCAUAAGUCACGGUGUGGAAGUCCAUCCGAUAGUGUUGGAAUAUUCUAUCAAGAAGAUGAGCCAGUUUUUGGAAAACUCUCCAAAUGUGGAUGAGUUUGACUUUUGCCAGCCCAAAUUCUAUGGCGGUAAUGGCCUGUGCCUGGCCCCGCUGCAGGCGCCCUACGACCGCGUGUACUGCGGCGCCGGCUGUCCUGAAGAGUACCAGAACUAUUUUAAACAGCUCAUUAAGGUCGGCGGUAUCCUGGUGAUGCCGCUGAACGACAACCUGAUACAGGUGCGGCGCGUGGGCGACGCGGAGUGGGUGUCCCGCAGCCUGCUCAAUGUGUCCUUCGCCACGCUGCGGGUGCCCACUAAGGAGGAGGCCGCGGAUCUUAUCAAAUUGGAGGAGCAGGCGCCGCCGAAGCUGCAGAUCCUGGCGCGCGGCGUGAUCCGCUCGGCGAUGCGAGCCGGGCUGACUCGCCGGCAUCCCGAGUUGCGCGAGCCGCCGCAGCGCCCGCCGCCCGCCAAGAAGUCCUGCCCGCGCCGCAUAUGCAUCCCCAUCGAGGACGACAGCGACGUCGAGGGCUUAAACGCACUACACGACCUGGACCGCGACGGCGGUGCGCGCGAGAUGAACGCUCUCCUCAGCUUGGUACUGAGCAUGGGCCAGAACCGCGUGGCCGGUGCGCUGCGCUUCGACCCGCUGGACUCGCCCGGCGACUCCUCCUCCGACGACGAGGACGACGACGUCGACCUGGGCGGCGACGACGACGAUGACGGCGGUGACGGUGGCGACGGCGGCGGUAACGGCGGCGGCGGCAACAGUGAGAGCGUGCCCAGCGGGUCUGCGCCUUCUUCGAAUGACACAUCUUCGUCGGCCGAUCGGCCCAGGGAGGCAUCGACCAGCGACGAGAACCCCCGAGCCAACCCGCGCGCGCGGCGCGGCCUGCUGACGUUCGAGUUCCGCGACUCCGUGGUGGACCGCGCGCCGCCCACGCCGCCCGCCGACAGCCCCGGCGACCCCGCGCCCGACGACAACCCCAGGUCGGGCCCGUCGCACGCGCCGGACGACCCGGACGAGAGCCCGGGCGUGCCGGCCGAGGUGGAGAUCUACCUGGGCAAGUCCAGCCGCGCCGGGCCCUCCUCCAUGGACUGGGAGCCGGCCGCUUCAAGCGCCGACGAGAGCGAAGACGAGCCCGCGACCAAAGACGAUCAAAAGCGGCAGAAGCUGGACAGCGGCAUCGGCGAAGAGACCACGCCUAGCAGCGAGGCGUCCCCCUCCCACCCGCGCGACGAGUCCGACGCCUCCCGGCCCGACGACAGCCUGACGGACGACGUCGACGACCGGCAGUCCAGCCGGCGGCGCAUGCAGAAACGCGGGCGCUGGCAAAGCGCGCGCUCGUCGACGUCAACAGAACGCUCGGACCGCGGGGGCUCGCCGCCAGCCGCCGCGCGCCGCCGCUGCAAGCGCCGCGCCCACGACCUACAGCCGCCGCCGUCACGCGACGCGCGCCGCGUGCGUCUCUCGCUGGCCAUGAAGCGCGGCGUCAAGGAGCUGCCGCUGCCGCACGCGCUCAAGAAGUUCGUCAACCUCGGCCGCUGCUUCGAGUUCUAGGUUAGCGAGUGGCGGCGGCUGGGCUUGCACGAAAUCGACUAAACCCCGGUCCGUGAGCACGUAGAAUUUCGUCCAAUGACCCCUAGCUACCCAUCCUUAUCGCUCGCGCGUAAUUAUAUUG